GUCAACGUUCCUCAACCCGCACUGGAUACUUUGGUUAACGUUAUUUUUGAAGGCAUGUAAAGUGAGCAGGAUAAUCGACUUCCUUGCCUCUUGGACGGACACAAAUCCAAGCAACGAUGGCCGUCGAAAAUGUCAGCGUGGCCUUCAAACUGUACUGUCUGACAGUGAUGACACUGGUGGCAGCUACAUACACAGUGUCACUGCGGUACACAAGGACCAUUUCAUCAGGAGAUCUGUACUUCUCCACAACUGCCGUGUGCAUCACUGAGGUCAUUAAAUUAAUACUGAGUCUGGGGAUGCUGACAAAAGAAACAGGAAGCCUCACCAGACUGAAGAACACUUUAGUGGAACAUGUCUUCUUUAGCCCAAAAGAACUGCUGAAGCUGAGCGUGCCCUCCGUAGUGUAUGCAGUUCAGAAUAAUAUGGCCUUUCUUGCCUUGAGCAACCUCGAUGCAGCAGUUUAUCAGGUGACCUAUCAGCUGAAGAUCCCGUGCACAGCCUUGUGUACAGUCCUCAUGCUGAACCGCUCUCUCAGCCGGCUGCAGUGGUUCUCUGUCUUCAUGCUCUGUGGGGGAGUAACACUCGUUCAAUGGAAGCCUGCAGAGGCCACUAAAGUUCAGAUUGAGCAAAGUCCUUUUGUUGGGUUCGUUGCCAUCGCUAUUGCUGUUAUUUGUUCUGGAUUUGCAGGUGUGUACUUUGAGAAGGUGUUGAAGAGCUCAGACACGUCUCUGUGGGUGAGAAACAUCCAGAUGUAUCUGUCCGGCAUUGUGGUCACCCUGAUUGGUGUUUUCAUGAAUGAUGGCGAGAAGAUCCUGGAGAAAGGCUUCUUCUUCGGUUAUACGCCCUGGGUGUGCUUUGUAGUAUUCUUGGCCAGUGUGGGUGGUCUGUACACGUCGGUGGUGGUGAAGUACACAGACAACAUCAUGAAGGGUUUCUCUGCCGCAGCCGCCAUCGUUCUUUCAACUGUGGCGUCCGUCCUCUUGUUUGGACUACAGAUAACAUUCUCAUUUGCCUCUGGAGCCCUGCUGGUGUGUGUUUCCAUCUACCUGUACGGACUUCCAAAGCAGGACACAUCGAAGCUGAGCCAGAAAGACGCUGACACGGAAUCCAAACAGAGACUGAUCACUGUGUAAGUCACCGAUUUGCAGCAGAGGAGUCUCUCUUGCUGGUAGACUAGGUCUGUCAGCUUCAGCCAUGCUGGAGCAAAAAGCAGUAACAGGACUUUGUUACUCUUAUUUUGAUGCCUCCAUUUAUCUGUUCUAGGGUGCGUGUAAAUAUUACAACUCAUUAUGUAUUAAUAUUAACAGUAUGGUUUUUUUUUGUUUGUUUUUUUCAAUCAGUAAUUACACUGUGAAAUGUUAGUGUCUUAUGUCCAUAUCAGUGUAGAUUCUGAAUGUGCCCUUCCCACAGGAAAACAUACUUGGAUGACAAAUGACUGCAUGUGUGAUUAUGUUUAUAUCAUCUCGCCAGUGUCUUGUGUAUCACAUCUGGUUGCAUUCUGUUUUUUGUGUUUUGAUUUCUGAAACUUCCAUUAAAACUGAGUGGAAAUACGGUAAAAGUGACAUGCUCCGCAUGUACGCAAUACUACCAAUGAACUUUUCAAUUCUUCCCUCGAACAGUGAUUAUCCAACCGUAGCUGAGUAACACAUGCAGCUUCAGUCUGUCUUUUACCCCACAAUGUUAUGAACAUUCAGUUGCCAGUUUAUGUGGGUACACAUAGCCAAAACAAAUACAACCUGUAGUAUAUUCUACCUUCAUAAAGGUUAUAAUGUUCAGUUUUUGUUGAAGCUGUGAGAGGUUAAGAUUCAACUUGGUCCCGUUAAGAACAAGUCGAACAUGGAUAACAUUCCCAGUUUCAGUGAACCAGUUUCACAGCCGGUCAUUAUCAAGAUACUGACAUUUACGCCCCUGAAAAUGCACAAUAGAAACCUUUCGAGUUUGACAUGUUUCUAGCUGUCGACCACAAU